CGGCGCCAUUGCACUUUAGGGCAAAAAGGUUAGGAAGCCGGCAUGGCGCUCCGGUCAAUAAAAUCGAUAGCUGGAAGCUGUCUAUGUUACAUGCAAAGGCGGUGCAGUAGCAGCGCCGCCAUUUUCCCCGAAGGCAUCUUCCGGUGCCUUUCACCCAAGUUCGGGCAGGAGUUUCCUGAAUAACAGCGAGGGGUUUCCGUUAUCCCCGCAGGCUGCCGAUUCUGAUUCCCUCCGGGCCUUCCCGGCCACGCUCAGCCCCGGGCUGGUGGGGGCUCCUAAAUCUUGGGGUUCGUCAUCGCCCAGAGGUCCGGGCUGGGAAGGGAAAGGCCGUGGCGCGGGUUUCUCAGGUCCAAUGGCGCCGCCUUCGGCUCCGCUCCCUGCUCGGGGACAAGGAGAGGCCGGACCUAGUCGGAGAAGGGGAAGGAGGCCAAGGGCCUUGAAGUUUGUGGACGUGGCCGUGUACUUCUCACCUGAGGAGUGGGGGUAUCUGCGGCCCGCGCAGAGGGCCCUGUACCGAGACGUGAUGCGGGAGACUUACGGCCACCUGGGCGCGCUCGGAUGUGCAGGUCCUAAGCCAGCCCUCAUCUCCUGGCUGGAACGAAAUACCGAUGAUUGGGAACCGGCUGCCCUAGAUCCGCAAGAGUAUCGGAGAGGAUUAACAGUCCAGAGGAAAACCAGAAAGAAGAAUGGGGAGAAGGAAGCAUUCCCACCUAAGGAGGCACCCAGAAAAGGCAAACGGGGACGGAGACCCAGCAAACCCCGAUUGAUUCCCAGGCAAACGUCUGGGGGCCCCAUCUGCCCUGACUGUGGCUGUACCUUUCCUGAUCACCCGGCCCUGGAAAGCCACAAAUGUGCCCAGAAUCUGAAAAAGCCUUACCCUUGCCCAGAUUGCGGGCGCCGCUUUUCCUACCCAUCCCUGCUGGUCAGUCACCGGCGGGCACACUCUGGUGAGUGCCCCUAUGUUUGUGACCAGUGUGGCAAACGCUUCUCCCAGCGCAAGAACCUUUCUCAGCACCAGGUUAUCCACACCGGGGAGAAGCCUUACCACUGCCCUGACUGUGGCCGCUGCUUCCGCAGGAGCCGGUCCUUAGCCAAUCACCGGACCACACACACAGGCGAGAAGCCCCACCAGUGCCCUAGCUGUGGGCGUCGCUUUGCCUACCCCUCCCUGCUAGCCAUCCACCAGCGCACACACACGGGAGAGAAGCCCUACACCUGCCUGGAAUGCAACCGUCGCUUCCGCCAGCGCACCGCCCUAGUCAUCCACCAGCGCAUCCACACUGGUGAGAAGCCAUACCCGUGUCCAGACUGUGAGCGCCGCUUCUCCUCCUCGUCUCGCCUGGUCAGCCACCGGCGCGUGCACUCUGGGGAGCGGCCCUACGCCUGUGAGCACUGUGAAGCCCGCUUCUCCCAGCGCAGUACACUGCUCCAGCACCAGCUCUUGCACACGGGAGAGAAGCCCUACCCUUGCCCUGAUUGCGGCCGUGCCUUCCGGCGGAGUGGCUCCCUAGCUAUUCAUCGCAGCACGCACACCGAGGAGAAGCUGCAUGCCUGUGACGACUGUGGCCGCCGCUUUGCCUACCCCUCGCUGCUGGCCAGUCACCGACGGGUACACUCGGGCGAGCGGCCCUAUGCCUGUGACCUUUGCUCCAAGCGCUUUGCCCAGUGGAGCCAUUUGGCUCAGCACCAACUGCUGCACACUGGGGAGAAGCCCUUCCCCUGCCUUGAGUGUGGCCGAUGCUUCCGUCAGAGGUGGUCUUUGGCUGUCCACAAAUGUAGCCCCAAGACCCAAAACUGUAGCCCUAGAUCUGCUAUAGGGGGGCCCAGCCAAAGGGGUAAUGCUCUUUAGAAUGGAAAGGAACUUGUACUUCCUUUCACUUCAUGGAGGAAUCCAGAGAGGAGUCGUCCUAGGUCACACAGGGCAAAGCAAGAACUAAAAUCCAGGCCUUCUGCUUCACAUACCUGACCUUUAGUGUAUUCUACCACAUUGGCUGCCUUACUGUAUGUGUCUAAAACAGUCCCAUUAGGAGAGGUGACAUCAUUUUGUUAAAUUUUCCAAGCUACCCUGUCCUAAAAUAAUUUAUGUGAGCAGAUCCCAGGGCUAAAAAGCUUUUUCAUCUAUUUUGAGUGCUGUCGGUUUAGUUUGUGCAUACAGGAUUACCUGUCCCCUUGCAUACUGUCAGGAAAAUCCCAUUUAUAGGGAGCAGGACCUCUCAUACUCUGCCUCUUUCUCCAAACAAGGCCAAAAAGCUCAUUUUUUUCCACCACUCCUGCCAAGUGAUCUACUGCUUGCUUGAAAACCCCCCUUGAGGUAGGGGGCUCACUACCUCACAAGGCAGGUCAUUUUCUAUAUGGCAGUCCUUCAAAUGACCUAGUUUCUUUUUCUUUUUUCUUUCUUUUUGAUACUGGGGAUAGAUACCAGGACAGUUUGCCACUGAGCUACAUCCCUAGCACCUUUUAUUUUGAGACAGGGUCUUCCUAAAUUGCUGAGGCUGGCCUUGAACUUGAAAUCUUCCUGCCUCAGGCUCCCUGAGUAGCAGGGAUUACAGAUGUAAUCCCACUACCCCUGGCAAAGUUUGUUGAAUCCUGUAGGCUGAUCUCAAACUUGCAAUUCUCACCCUCCUGAGUACUUGGAAUUACAGGCUACUUCACUGUGCCUGACUUGGUCAAUCACCCAUUAAAUCAGCGUUUCAAUUUCCACUUGUGAUCUUUCUCUAGUUUUUUUCCCCCCCAGUAUCCCUUUUAAAGGGUCAUACAAAAAUAAGGCAGUACCCAUAGUGUAUGCUCUAUACCUCUUUUAUGUAUAUAUAUUAGUUUCCAAUGGGUCUUUAUUUAUUUACAUGUGGUGUUGAGAUUUGAACCCAGUGCCUCACAUAUGCUAGGCAAGCACUCUACCACUGAGUUACAACCCCAGCUCUACACCUUUGGUCUAUACUUGUUUUAACAGCUCUAGGUUGAUGAAUCUGGGGGCAGCUGUGCUGUACCAGGGCUCUCCUGAGCUGCAGACCUCUAAAUUUCCUUUCUUUCUAAAUGGCAUUUGAUAAAGUUAUCUGGUUCAAGUUGGUAUGAGACAUAAGCACACCAAGAAUCGGGAGAAAGACUGAUUUUUUUUUUUUUUUAAAUUGGGAAUUUAACCUAGGGGCCAGGGUGCUUUACCACUGAACUAUGUCCUCAGCCUUUUUUUUUUUUUUUUUGAGACAGGGUCUUGGUAAAAUUAUUUAGGGCCUCACUAAACUGCUGAGGCUGACUUUGAACUUGUAAUACUCAACUUUCAGAGUUGCUGGGAUUACAGGCAUGUACCACCAUGUCCAGCAGAAAGACUAAUCUGUGGUCUAGCAGGUAAUAGGGAAAAAUGGAACUGGCUUACUAUACUUCAUCUGGUGGACUUGAAUUCACUCCAGGCAGUGGCUGAAAAAUCCAGAACCGAGUCUUAUUUCUCCCUGAUUCUCAUGAGAAUCAGCACAGAACCUAUGAGGCGUCAGUCAACAUUUUUUCAUAAACUAAAUGAGUCCAUUCAAGGAGGGUAGAAAGAUAGAUGACUGAACACAAAGAAGAGUCUUAUGUAAUGUCCAUGCCCACCUCUCCUAAUCUCCUAAGGGACCAUGGCAGCAGUGUGUCUUAAUUUUUGAUGUCUCCACAGCACCCACCCAAGGAGGUAGGUGCACAGUAAAGCUUUAUUAAAUGUGAAUGAGGCCUACCACUUUGCCUUGGGCAGCUGCACCAAAUUGGAAUUGCAAACAUGACUCAUUCCAACAGUUGGAAUGGGUCUUUCUCCUACACUGGUUGUUUUUUCCUACAGUCCUGAUCUUCGCUCCAGAUUGGGGGAGCAGCUGGGAAGCAGUGUUUUGUAAUUACCUCUGUUCAGGUCUUUAGCAAGUUGCAUUGUAACUGUCUUGUUUCUCCUUGGAUGAUGAGCUGCCCAGUGGGCAGGGGUCAUAUCAGAUUUGGACUCAUUAAAAUAUUUGAUGAAUUAA